AUGAACACAGGCGAAACUCAUGCGCAGAUCGUUUUGAUGAGACACGGCGAAAGCGAGGCCAACGAGAAGAGACUGUUUUCUUGGCCCGCUGUACCGCUGACUAAAAAGGGAUGCGAUGAAGUGGAAUCUGCUGCCACAACACUCAAGGGUCAUAGGAUUGCUUUUGAUCGUGCAUAUACUUCCGGUUUCAAACGUGCUCAAGACUCCCUGACUAUCACUCUCGAAACCCUCGGUUAUGCCAAAAGCAACAUUCCGAUCAAGAAGGCGCCAGAACUCAACACACGAACGUUUGGAGAAUGGACUGGAAGGCCCUACGCUGAGGCCAGGGCGACGCUUGGUAGUGAAAAUGUUAACCAUUGGUUUGGUAUCGAUUAUAAAAUCUUCCCGGAUGUGCCCCCUCGUGGUGGCGAGACUUUGGAAGAUUGUGACAAGCGAGCGCAAGCCUAUUACACCCAGGAAAUACAUAGGAAAGUCUUAGCUGGAGAGAAGAUCUUAGUGGUUGCUAGUAGGAAUCCCAUUUAG